AUGCUUUUAAGUCUACUGGUGAUUAUCUAUUUGGUUAAUAAUCCACUAUUGAAAAUUUAUGGAGAUCAUGUACCUUGUGAUAAACUAAAUUUUCAAUCUAAUAAUGAUCAAAAAACGAUUAUAUGCAGUGAUACAUAUUCAAAGAUACCUGAUAACAUUAAAGAAAUUUUGUUAUGGCCGAUGAUGAACAAUGGAUUAUGGUGCAGUCAUUCCACGCACCCUACUCCUAUAAAAAAAGAAUACAGCGUCAUAUUAACUCAUGAGUCCUUAAUCGAAGAUGGCACAUUAGUGGAGUUCGAACCUAUGUCAGACGUUUGCGACAUACAAAAUACUAAAGAUUUAUGCAUAAAUACAAAUAGAGCUGAAUCUCAGUGUUACUGGUGUUCAAUGAUUGAAAAAUGCAGUAAUGGCCGUGAUUAUCAUGCAGAUAUAUGGAUGAAGAACGGUUGCGAUGCAAAUAAUAUUUCUCAACCUCAACGUUCGCAAAAUUUAACACCAAAGGGAAUGAGAGAAUCUGCUGUACAAACCACAAAUGAGAAUAAUAAUAUUUCUCAACCUCAACGUUCGCAAAAUUUAACACCAAAGGGAAUGAGAGAAUCUGCUGUACAAACCACAAAUGAGAAUAAUAAUAUUUCUCAACCUCAACGUUCGCAAAAUUUAACACCAAAGGGAAUGAGAGAAUCUGCUGUACAAACCACAAAUGAGAAUAAUAAUAUUUCUCAACCUCAACGUUCGCAAAAUUUAACACCAAAGGGAAUGAGAGAAUCUGCUGUACAAACCACAAAUGAGAAUAAUAAUAUUUCUCAACCUCAACGUUCGCAAAAUUUAACACCAAAGGGAACGAGAGAAUCUUCUGUACAAACCACGAAUGAGAAUAAUAAUAUUUCUCAACCUCAACGUUCGCAAAAUUUAACACCAAAGGGAACGAGAGAAUCUUCUGUACAAACCACGAAUGAGAAUAAUAAUAUUUCUCAACCUCAACGUUCGCAAAAUUUAACACCAAAGGGAAUGAGAGAAUCUGCUGUACAAACCACAAAUGAGAAUAAUAAUAUUUCUCAACCUCAACGUUCGCAAAAUUUAACACCAAAGGGAAUGAGAGAAUCUGCUGUACAAACCACAAAUGAGAAUAAUAAUAUUUCUCAACCUCAACGUUCGCAAAAUUUAACACCAAAGGGAAUGAGAGAAUCUGCUGUACAAACCACAAAUGAGAAUAAUAACAAUUCUCAGAAUCAAUGUAGGCGAAAUUCAACAUCAAAGGGUUUGAGAGAAUCUGUUCUACGAAACACGACUGAGAACAAUAUUUCUUUUUCAAUUCCGCCCAAUUUUUCUGAAGGAAAACAAAUUUCCAAUUCAUAUACAUGCUUGUUUUUUGUGAUACCACUUUUAAUUCUGUUCAUUAUAUUCAGUAUUUAUUUUGUUAGAUUAAUUCUAAUCCGGUUACGAUUAUUAAAGGUAACAUAUGAUUUAGAUGCUUAA